UACAAAACGUUUUGUGCACACCGAGGCUGCCUCGUUUUAAACAAACUAUUAGCGUAUUCCCACUAUUUUCUCGAUUCUUACUAUUCUUAUCCGCACUGACCUAAAAAAAAACAAACAAACAAAAAACAGUUUUGUCGCCGCCCACAUGUGAAAGUGAAACCGAAGGUGAUCCUUCGACAAAAUGCAACGAGAACAACGAAUGUUUUAACAUGAGCUCAAAGGCGUACCCCAUACCCAGAGCUGCAGCAGAACACGCUGCUGUGUUGUUCUGUGAUCUUGUCAUCUGGGCUUUUGUGUGGAUAGCACUGCUGUGGCUGGAUGGAGAGGGCAGUCUGGAUCUAAGGUGUCUGUGGGCUCUCAGGACCAUGAGCUACGUUGUGCUUUAUGCAGUAAUCACACAUGUCUCUGACAGUAGCAGUCAGCCUCACCUGAAGCACUGGGUAGCCCUACUGAGCUUCCUACCUCCUUUGUUUGAUAGCAUUCAGACAAUGCUUCACGGGACUGGGAGAGGCUUUAGUCCUGUUCCUGAUCCUGGCAUGGUGAUCCUGAGCACUGCUACAUCUACCCUCAUAUAUAUGCUGUGGGAGAUGGCCUUCCCACACGGUGGGCCAUCUAAGGGUUCCAGGAACCAGAAGAAAGAUGAAGAGGCCAGAGCACUCCUAAUGAGGGUCAUCCGCUACUCCAGGCCAGACUAUCUUCAUCUAGGAGCUGCCUUCCUCUUCCUCACCCUGGCGGCACUUUUUGAGACAUUCAUCCCAUACUGCAUUGGGAAAGUUAUCGACAUACUGAGUGGAAAGUACCAGCACAACAAUUUCUUAUGGGCCAUUGGACUCAUGGCUCUGUGUUCACUUGGAAGUUCUAUGUUCACUGGUCUGCGCGGUGGGAUGUUCAUGUGUAGCCUCUGUAGACUCAACAAGAGAAUACGACACCUGUUGUUCCAGAACCUCAUGAAGCAGGAGAUAAGCUUCUUUGAAGAUAACAAACCAGGUAGUCUCACAUCACGUUUAAUCUCUGACACUGAUAAAAUGGGACGUUCUGUGGCCAUGAAUGUGAAUGUGUUACUGCGAAGCCUGGUGAAGACAUGCGGCAUGCUGUUCUUCAUGCUGGGCCUGUCCUGGCAGUUAACCCUCCUUACAUGCAUUGAAAUGCCACUUCUUGCUUUCAUUCAGAACUCAUACAACAACUUAUCCCAGAAAACAUCCAAAGAGCUUCAGGACUGUAAUGCAGAGACUACAGAGUUGGCGUCUUCUGUCAUUGGGUCGAUGAAGACUGUGCGCAGUUUUAAGGCAGAGCAUCAGGAAAAUCAGCGAUAUGAACAAACUCUCAACAGGAAGUUCCAGGUUUUGAGGCGUAAAGGUUUCUACAGUGCAAUUUAUCUCUUAAUACGCAGGUUCAUUACAGUGGGCUUGAAGGUAGCAAUGCUGUUCCAAGGCCGAAAUCUCAUCGCGUCUGGACAGCUUAGCAGUGGCAGCCUGCUUGCGUUUGUGUUCUACCAGAAGGACAUGGUGACCAACAUGAGGCAUCUUGUAUAUAUCUAUGGAGACAUGCUGAAUACUGUGGGAUCAGCAGUGAAGGUGUUCCAGCUACUCGAUAGGAAGCCACAGUUGAAAGAGGCAGGCCAUCUGGCUCCAGAGAAGCUUAAGGGAAGACUAACCUUUGAAAAGGUCACCUUUUCUUACCACUCCCGUCCUGAUCAAAUGGCACUUAAGUCUGUUACAUUGGAAUUGAGUCCAGGAAAGCUGACGGCAUUGGUAGGGCCCUCUGGUGGUGGGAAGAGCUCUUGCGUCAGCUUGCUCCAAAGGUUCUAUGAUCCACAGGAGGGUGAGCUGUUCCUGGAUGGAGAACCUCUGUACAGUUACCAGCACCAGUAUUUGCAUAAAAAGGUGGCGAUGGUAUCCCAGGAUCCUGUGCUUUUCUCUGGCUCUGUGAGAUAUAAUAUUGAAUACGGUUUGCAGGACUGCACACUUGAAAGAGUAGAAGCAGCUGCUCGUAAAGCCAAUGCACACAACUUCAUAUGCAAAUUGGAACAGGGAUACAACACAGAUGUUGGCGAGUGUGGUGACCAGCUGUCGGCGGGGCAGAAGCAGUGCAUUGCUAUAGCCAGAGCUCUGAUAAGGGACCCACAGAUUCUUAUCUUGGAUGAAGCCACCAGCCACAUGGACAGUAGCACACAACAAGCAGUUCAAGAUGUGCUCAAUAGUAUAACGGAUCAGACAGUGCUGGUAAUAGCUCAUCGUUUGGAGACUGUAGAGAAAGCAGACCACAUUAUUUUCAUGGAGGGAGGUGAAGUCGUGGAGCAGGGAACACACCGGCAGCUCAUGGCCAAAGGAGGAAGAUACUAUCGGCUCAGAGAAAAGCUUUUUAAUUUGGAGACACAACCGGUUGGCUAAAGAAUCAGAUUUGUGGAUAGAUUUUACCCAGUGUUCAGUACACACUCACAGAGUGCCUUUCAUGAUUUAACAACUCAUUCUAGUGUAGAUCUUAGUGGAGAUUUUUUUUUUGUACAUUUCUCCAUCCUUCUGUUGUAGACAGUGUUUUGUUCAUUUUGUUAAGUGACGAUGCAUGGGACACAUAAAAAGGAAAGCAUGGGCUUUGUAUCCUAAAAGUAGAACAGUAUGAAACAACCUCUACUGUAUUACAAAAUAUAUGUAAUACACAAUUUUGUGUGUGUAUUCAAAUCAGAGAAUGACCAGUGGGUUUGCCCUCAGCUGCAGAAAAAUGCGAAACAAGAUCUCAGAGCUCUUUUCCGUCUUCAUUGUGCCACCAAGAGCUGCUUGAUCUUGAGCAUCCUGGAGAUCUUUAUAAAGAGACUGACAAAAGAAAAUGUUUUUUUAGCAUUGAAUUAAGCAAAACUGUCCGAUAUAUGUGAAUUAAUACUAAUCACAGAGUAAAAGUGCAGCCACCAAUGUUGAAGGCUAAAAAAAAUAAAUAAAAAAUGAUGACACCUUUAGACUUUAAUGCUAAUAGUGUAAUCUAAGCAUGCAAGAAUGAACAAAUAAAAUGAAGGGAAUCGGA